CAUUAUACACUUCCUCUGCAGCACUAUAUAAAUUGAUUACCGCGAAGACUCUCCCAAAAAAUUUUCUGUAAAUUUCUACGCACCAAAAGAUUAUUUGACUGAGCGAUUCAUUUUCGUUCUUCUGGAAUAUUCAAAAAUACGAAGCUUUUCGAUCUUCUCAGCAUUUGCGAAGUGAUUUCGAUUUUUGGAUGAAGUUUUUGCUUGCCUCUAUGAAGUAUGAACCAUGUAGUUGUGGAUGAUAAACAAAUAGUUGCGAUAGACGAUAUGUGCGAUUUGGUGCAAAAGUGUGUGACGAGCUGGUUGUAGAAACUGAUUUUUUGGGAUAAUGAGGAAGCAGUAUUGAUAAUGGAAAUGUAAAAUGUUUAGGUUGUAGUAAGUUUUGUAGAUUGGGAAGAGUGUUGUAACAUUGUGAAAGUCUCCGUAGCUUCGGAAGGACUAGUGUGGUUAUGUGAUUCAGCGGGGGAUUAGGUGGAACACUGUGUGACUAGUUGGUUGUAGAAACUGAUUUUGUGGGAUCACGAGGAAGAAGCAUUGAUAAUGGAAAUGUAGAAUGUUUCGCUUGUUGUAAUUUUGGUAGAUUGGGAUGAGUGUUAUAACAUUGUGAAGGUUUCUGUAGCUGUGGAAGAAGGACUAGCGUGGAUAUGUGAUUUAACGAGCAACAGAUUUGGCAUUUUUGUUUGAGACGUGGAUUUUGACUUCCCUUUUUUGGGAGAGGCAAAGGGGAAAAUGGAGAUUGUUUAUUCAAAAAGAAUGUAAUUAUUGUUUAUUAUCUGAAUUUAGUGCAUUCAUGCUGCAGCUGGUCCAGCUUUAUUGUUUUGCAAUUAGUAAUUUUAAAUUUUACUAGUGAAAGUUGAAAUAUUGGAAAGGGGAUGUGAAGUUUAGGGAAGUUACUAAUGACCGUGAUGCAAAAAUAUUCUGUUAAGUGAAAUGCUUAUAUGAUUCCAUGAAUUUAGUGUAAUAUGAUUUUUUAUUUGGUAUAUUCGUUCUAUUGGUCAGGCUGACAUUAGGCAAAAAUUUCUGGGAUAUGUUAUAUGAGUUGUUUGCAAAGUAGAAGAACGUUUUGCUAAUGGCUUCAAGAGCAAUAUUGAGAAGGAAGAGGAACCUCUUCGAUUCUAAUACAAAACCGCAUAUCUUCAUUCGAGUUUUUUCGAGCUAUGAGAACUGGGGAUCAUCUAAGGCUUCUAAUUCUUGGGAUUGGUGCUCUACAGUAACUCAUCAACCUCAGAAUGCAGAUAACAGAAAUGAAGGAAGUUCAAAUCCAUCAGCCAAAGAUGAGUUACUAAAAGUAUGGGGAAAACGUGUCCUACUCAACUCCUCUAAUAUUCCAGCCUUGGGUCUGAGAGUAGGAAGAUGUGGGACUACUACUUUGGGGGCCAGGUGGAUUACAAGCCAACAACGAUAUUCAACAGCUGCAGCAGGUCAACCUGAUUUUGGUAAAGGAAAUGAUAAGGAUGCAGAACCAGCGGUUAAACAGAAGAAAGAAGCUUCACCAGAAGAAUGUGAUGAAGCAGUUGAGGAUUUAACCAUGGCCAAAGCCAAAGCCAAAGCCAAACAGCUGCAAGAUUCACAGAACAGUUUUAAACCUAUACUAAAGAAAUUUUGGGCUGUGCUAUUAGGGAUUGGUCCUGCUUUGAGAGCUGUUGCUUCAAUGAGCAGGGCAGACUGGGCAAAGAAGAUGCGGCACUGGAAGGAUGAAUUUAAGUCAACAAUGCAACACUAUUGGUUGGGUACCAAACUGCUCUGGGCUGAUGUUAGGAUAUGUUCCAGGCUCUUGUUGAAGACAGCUAAAGGGAAGAGUCUUUCCAGGAGGGAAAGACAACAACUAACGCGGACGACAGCUGAUAUAUUUAGGCUGGUUCCUGUAGCAGUGUUUAUCAUUGUUCCAUUUAUGGAGUUGUUGUUGCCGGUAUUCUUGACACUGUUUCCCAACAUGCUGCCGUCAACCUUCCAAGAUAAGAUGAAAGAAGAGGAGGCUCUGAAAAGGAAGCUUAAUGCUAGGAUUGAAUAUGCGAAGUUUUUACAAGAAACAGUCAAAGAGAUGGCAAAGGAAGUUAAAAACUCGCGAAGCGGAGAAUUAAAGAAUACAGCUGAGGAUCUCGAUGAAUUCAUGAAUAAGGUCAGAAGGGGUGCUCGUGUAUCUAAUGAGGAAAUUUUGGGAUUUGCCAAGCUUUUCAAUGAUGAGCUCACUCUGGAUAAUAUCAGCAGACCAAGGUUGGUGAAUAUGUGCAAAUAUAUGGGUAUCAACCCCUUUGGAACAGAUGCAUAUUUGCGGUUCAUGCUUCGAAAGAGGCUCCAAAAGAUCAAGAAUGAUGACAAGAUGAUUCAAGCAGAGGGUGUAGAGUCCCUUUCGGAGGAUGAGCUCCGUCAAGCUUGUCGAGAACGAGGCUUACUUGGAUUACUCUCAGUAGAAGAAAUGCGGCAGCAGUUGCGAGAUUGGCUGGACUUAUCGCUCAACCAUUCAGUGCCAUCUUCUUUGUUAAUCCUUUCUAGAGCCUUUACAGUGUCAGGCAAAGUAAAACCAGAGGAAGCUGUUCAAGCUACACUUUCAUCACUGCCAGAUGAGGUGGUGGACACUGUUCAAGUUACAUCUAUGCCAUCUGAAGAUUCUCUUGCUGAAAAGAAGAGGAAGCUAGAGUUCUUAGAAAUGGAGGAAGAGCUCAUCAAGGAGGAGGAAGAGGAAGAAGAAGAAGAGCAGGCUAAGAUGAAAGAUAAGCAAAAGGAUGUAGCUUUGGAAGAGAUGACUCUUGCAACAGCUAAAGAAGAAGAAGAACUAAAGAAAACCAAAACUUUGGAUCAACAAGAGCAGCUUUGUGAGCUUAGUCGUGCAAUUGCUGUUUUAUCAUCGGCUUCUUCUGUAAGCCUGGAGCGUCAGGAGUUCUUGAGACUUGUCAAAAAAGAGAUAGAGUUGUACAAUAGCAUGGUGGAUAAAGGGGGCCCUGAAGGUGAAGAAGAAGCCCGAAAGGCAUAUAAAGCAGCUAGGGAGGAGGACAGUGACCACACUAAGGAAAGGACUGUAGAUGAUAAAGUUUCUGCAGCACUUAUUAAUAGGGUUGAUGAAAUGCUCCAAAAACUUGAAAAGGAAAUCGAUGACGUGGAUGCCAAGAUUGGUGAUCGUUGGCGGUUACUGGACAGGGAUUAUGAUGGAAAAGUCACUCCAGAGGAGGUGGCAUCUGCUGCUUCAUACCUCAAGGAUACAUUGGCAAAGGAGGGCAUUCAGGAGCUCAUAACCAACCUUUCCAAGGACAGAGAAGGAAAAAUCCUCGUCCAAGAUCUGGUGAAGCUAGCCAGUGAAAUAGAUGAGGCUGAAGAGGAGGAAACUACAGAAGAGGAAAAAGCUCAAAAGUAAAACCCAUACAGCGAAUAAGCCGAUAAUUUUGAUCCAUUUACUGCUAGUCUCCAACCUUUCACUUUAUACCACCCAAACACGAUAUGCUUGGUAUUUCAUCAUGCCAGGUAUCAACUUAGGUCCCCUUAUGUGGGUGAUUAUAGUUGGAUAUUUGUGCGAUUGAUAAAAACGCUUUCAGAUUCAAUUUUGCAAUAGCUGAAAUGUGCAUGUAUAUGGCUGUGUCACCAUUUGAAUAUCUGUUUCCACCCUGCCCCCUCCCUCUUAGCUUUAUAUUGUAUCUCUACGGUGGAGAACAUAGCGGUAUGCUUAUUAAAGGAGUAAUUUGAACAAUAUGUUUUGAUCUA